UCAGUUGCCAUCAGUGCCUCCUCAUCAGUGCCCAUCCGUUGCUGCCUAUCAGUGCCCAUCAGUGUAGCCUAUCAGUGCCCAUCAAGCCUCAUUAGCGACACAGUGAAGGAGAAAAAUUACUCAUUAAAUUUUUAUAACAACUGAAAAAAAACUUUUUUUUUUUCAAAA